AUGUCACGUGCUCGAUCGUCUGCUUCACAUCGUCGAUCCUCAUCACCACGAUUCACAAGGAAAUUUUCCAAGGUUGGCUCGAUUCAAAGGACUUCAAUGUUUCGAGCAACUGUUUUUGGAGCAGCGGCCGGGUAUCUCACAUUCAGAGCUGGUCGACACUUCAUAAACGACCCUUCUAAGCCAAUCAUGUUUGAUUCACGUUCAUACUAUUGGAGCAGUGAUCUGCAAACACCAACAGAGGAGCUACCAGUACAAUGUGUGAACAGAAUCGAUCCACAAGAUCCACAAUUUGGUCGAGUUUAUUACGCCAAUGAAUCUCGACCAACGGAAAUCGUUUAUGGUUGUGCGGAAGGCGAUUAUUGCUGCGGUUAUGACUGCUGUCAGGAAGGAACGUUCUUCACAAGCCUCUUCAGACUUCUCAUACUGAUCCUAGUCUUCUCUAUUGUCGGCCAUCUGAAGUAUGCCUGGUUUCCGUUUGCCUUCGACCAAGAACCGCGUACCUCCCAUCGAAUGCCUUAUUUCUGUGAUCAGCUAGCAUUGUGCUGCUACACAACGGACGAGACGCGACGUCUCGCAGGAUAUGGAACAGUGACAUACGAAGCAAGCAGAAGUGUAGGAGCUGAGCCGAAUCCACCGCGUUCGCUUGAAUCGACAGAGGCAGGGACUCUUCUCACAUAUCAGGAUAUGGACAGUGGAAUGGAUGCAUUCUGUGUGAGUUCUGGCCCUAUAGUAGAGUCAAAACGACAUGAUGCACAGUGCAGUUGCGUAAGUGGUCGAGCUUGA